CAAGGUUAGAGGCUUGCGAUUGGCUUAAGGGAUUAGCGCGAGCUCUGGUUGGCCAAGGUGGAGUCACGAGGACGCCGUCGUCGCCUUUCCAGAGGCGAUUACUGGGCAGGCUCAGUCUUUCGCCUCAGACGCUAGCUCUAGCUGGCAGUCAGUUGUACGCUCUCCGGCAUCUUCAGUACCCGCGGUCGCCAUCGACGUUGCUUGGGUUCCUCUAGGCUCAUCUGCGCCACUCGCCCGCCACACACUCGGCCGUCAUAACUCGCCAUCAUGGUGAAGCUUGCAAAAGCCGGUAAAAAUCAAGGUGACCCCAAGAAAAUGGCUCCUCCUCCGAAGGAGGUAGAAGAAGAUAGUGAAGAUGAGGAAAUGUCAGAAGAUGAAGAAGAUGACAGCAGUGGAGAAGAGGUGGUUGUCCCUCAGAAAAAAGGCAAAAAGGCUGCUGCAACUCCAGCAAAGAAGGUUGUGGUUUCCCAAACAAAAAAGGUUGCAGUUGCUACACCUGCCAAGAAAGCAUCUGUUACACCAGGUAAAAAGGCAGCAGCAGCAGCAGCCACACCAGCCAAGAAGACAGUUACGCCAGCUAAAGCAGUUGCCACACCUGGCAAGAAGGGAGCUGCACAAGGGAAAGCAUCAGUAGCUACCCCUGGUAAAAAGGGAGCUGUUACCCCUGCCAAGGGGGCAAAGAAUGGCAAGAAUGCCAAGAAAGAAGAUAGUGAUGAGGAGGAAGAAGAAGAGGAUGAUGAAGAUGAGGAUGACAGUGAGGAAGAUGAAGAUGAGGAGGAGGAGGAUGAAAUUGAGCCAGCAGUGAUGAAAGCAGCAGCUGCUGCCGCCGCUUCAGAGGAUGAGGAUGAUGAAGAUGAUGACGAGGAUGAUGAAGAGGAGGAAGAUGACUCUGAAGAAGAAGCUAUGGAUACUAUACCAGCCAAAGGAAAGAAAGCUCCUGCAAAAGUUGUUCCUGUGAAAGCCAAGAACAUAGCUCAGGAGGAGGAUGAAGAGGAGGAUGAAGAUGAAGAGGAUGAUGAGGAUGAAGAUGAAGAGGAUGAUGACGAUGAGGAGGAAGACGAAGAGGAGGAAGAAGAGGAAGAAGAGCCUGUCAAAGAAGCACCUGGAAAACGAAAGAAGGAAAUGACCAAACAAAAGGCUGCUCCUGAAGCCAAGAAACAGAAAGUGGAAGGCUCAGAACCAACUACACCUUUUAAUCUCUUUAUUGGAAACCUGAAUCCUAACAAAUCUGUCCCAGAAUUAAAAGUUGCUAUCAGUGAACUUUUUGCUAAAAAUGAUCUUGCUGUUGUGGAUGUCAGAACUGGUACAAACAGGAAGUUUGGUUAUGUGGAUUUUGAAUCUGCUGAAGACCUAGAAAAAGCUUUGGAACUCACAGGUUUAAAAGUCUUUGGCAAUGAAAUUAAACUAGAGAAACCAAAAGGAAGAGACAGUAAGAAAGUUCGUGCUGCAAGGACACUCUUGGCCAAAAAUCUCUCUUUCAACGUCACUCAAGAUGAUUUGAAAGAAGUGUUUGAAGAUGCCAUGGAGAUCAGAUUAGUCAGCCAGGAUGGGAAAAGCAAAGGGAUUGCUUAUAUUGAAUUUAAGACAGAAGCUGAUGCAGAGAAAGCUUUUGAAGAAAAGCAGGGAACAGAAAUUGAUGGGCGAUCCGUUUCCCUUCACUACACUGGAGAGAAAGGUCAAAGGCAAGAAUUCAGAGGUGGAAAGAAUAGCACUUGGACUGGUGAAUCAAAAACUCUGGUUUUAAGCAAUCUCUCCUAUAGUGCAACAGAAGAAACUCUUCAGGAAGUGUUUGAGAAGGCAACUUUUAUCAAAGUGCCCCAGAAUCCAAAUGGCAAAUCUAAAGGGUAUGCAUUUAUAGAAUUUGCUUCAUUUGAAGAUGCUAAAGAAGCUUUAAACUCAUGUAAUAAAAUGGAAAUUGAGGGCAGAGCAAUCAGACUGGAGUUGCAAGGACCCAGGGGAUCACCUAAUGCAAGAGGCCAGCCGUCCAAAACUCUGUUUGUCAAAGGUCUGUCUGAAGAAACUACCGAAGAGACCUUAAAGGAUUCAUUUGAGGGCUCUAUUCGUGCAAGAAUAGUCACUGACCGGGAAACAGGGUCCUCCAAAGGGUUUGGUUUUGUAGACUUCCACAGUGAGGAAGAUGCCAAAGCUGCCAAGGAGGCCAUGGAAGAUGGUGAAAUUGAUGGAAACAAAGUUACCUUGGACUGGGCCAAGCCUAAGGGUGAAGGUGGCUUCGGGGGACGAGGUGGAGGCAGAGGAGGCUUUGGAGGCAGAGGCAGAGGAGGCAGAGGUGGAUUUGGUGGCAGAGGCCGGGGAGGUUUUGGAGGCCGAGGAGGUUUCCGAGGAGGCAGAGGAGGAGGAGGAGGAGGAGGAGACUUCAAGCCACAAGGAAAGAAGACGAAGUUUGAAUAGUUUCUUCUGUUUCUGUCUUUCCCUUUUACAUUUGAAAGAAAGGACUCUGAGGUUUUUACUCUGUUACCUGUUCAAUGACAGAGCCUUCUGAGGACAUUCCAAGACAGUAUACAGUCCUGUGGUCUACUUGGAAUCCAGAUAGAUAACAUUUCAAGAGAUGCCCUGUUGGUUUUGACUGGAUAUUCAUAUAAACUUUUUAAAGAGAUGAGUGAUAGAGCUAACCCUUAUCUGUAAGUUGAAUUUAUAUUGUUCCAUCCCAUGUACAAAACCAUUUUUUUCCUACAAAUAGUUUUGGUUUUUUUUUU